GGUAGAAGAACCAAGGUGGAGGAGCUGCGCCUUUAAAGGUGGCAGACUCCGCCUCCGCCGAGUGGAAGCGGAGAGCCGAGUGGUGCUGGCAGGAGUCUGAGCCACAUGAUAAACUCUGGCAUCAGCUUGCCUUCAUCCGCCAGUCAGGGAGGACACGGCUCGGGUGCAGGGGGCAGAGCAACGGUAGAAAGAGCAAGCGUGACAGAAGGCGGGGGAGAGUGAGAGAGAGAGUGAGUGAAAGAGAGUGAGCGAAGGAAAGAGGAGGGGGGUCUGGGGGGCUUGGUGGUCAGAGCGAUGAGACGAGGCGGAUAGACGAGCGAGGAGAAGCUGUCAUCUGCGUGCAGCUUCCCUUUUUCGCAGCUUUGCCCGUCUGUCGGCUGCCUGGCGACGGCAGGCGAACGCCAGCGGGGGAUGACUGGUGGCUCGUUUUCAGCAGCGCAGUUAUCGGACUGACGCUCGCAGCGGCGCUGACAGGAUCCGAGGCGGCGGCGUCUUCUCCAACCACUUCGGGCUCUCCCAAGACUGCCAAUUGCUCUUUCUGGCGCCUCCUGCCCGUCCUCCACACAGCUUCAUCUUUCUCUUACUGACGAGCCUGAGAGUGAAAGACCCCUGCUGAUAGAGGCUUCUCUCUGUCAAGACAGUGCCAUGUGCGGUUGUGGCAGCGCCGUUACCCAGGAUGGGGUGGGAAGAGCAUCCCCUUGCUCAUUCUCCGGGGCUCCACCGGGAAUCUUUUCUUGGAUUUAUCUCAUCCUGUUGGAUGGUGGUGAGCUCCUUGGCUCUCUGAAAGAAGAGUCCGCAUAGGAAACCACACGCAGCACGAAAAAGUAAAAUAAUUACCCAAUCACGGCAAGGGGAGGCAGACCCGGUUCCCUUAGCAACAACCAAGGGAGAUAGAGGAGAGUCUUUUUCUCUAUCUGCUUUUUUUUCUUUUUUUGGGGUAGGGGCACACCCCAGGUGGACAUCUGUGGGCAUCAAGUGCCACCCAGACUCGAGAAGAAGUUGCUCCUUUGCCUCAGUGUCCCCUGUAACUGUGUCUCAUCGACCAUGAUUUUUUGUCUUUGCUUUUUUACCAGUCCAUGCCACGAGUCACGUUUCGUAGGCUUAGGAAUGAAUUCAACCUGAUCCUACGCCACCUGGAAUAAAAUCUUCUUUUGGGAAGAGAGAUUGGAUUUUCUAGGUCUAGGAAAAGACCUUCACCAGCUCACCUACCUUCUUUACACCAACUAAAAGACGUCAUUAAGUUGCCAUCUUGCAAAGAAAUUGGGAUCUUAAGUUUAUUUUGACCGUGAUGUCUCUCAUCAUUUGGGGAGAAAAGGAAUAUCCAAGAUUUUCCCAUAAUCAUCAGUAAGAUCCCUUAUCAAAAUCCAUAAAAGACAGUAAUUUUGGGACUUGUAUUUUUCUAUUUCUAGUGGGUACGUAUCAACUUUUUUAAUGGCAGCAUGACAUAAUGUUGCAAUGUUUUUCAAGUACAAGAGGGAAAAGCUCUUCCCCAAGUAUAGAACAGUGUUUUAAAUAGCAUCUCCUCUAGAACCAUUUGAGUUGUACACACUGACACAUGAGAUGAGUUGGCUCAGUGUGAUUAUGUAAGAUUUUUUUUUUAUUCCAGCCUCGGCACAUGUUUUUUUUGCCUCUUCAAUUUUCCAUGGAUUUAUCAUCUUUGACUUCUCCCGCGUGCACUUUCGACCCGUUUUUGGACGGACGCUAUGGCUGCCAGAGAGUGACGCUGUGCCGAUUGUGCAGGCGAGGAAAGGCGUUUUGGUCGUCCAGGUGCUUUUAAGAUGUUGAGGUCUCCCUGCGCGACCGGGGCCCCCGUUCGGAUCAGUAGCACUGAGGCUCCUAGUAGCCAAAGACAUGGACCCCGACUCGGCUCCCCCACGCCCUCAGCCUGUUGGCCACUGGUCCCACGUCACCUUGUGAAGGAUGUCCCUCAGCAGAGCUCCGGCCCGGGACACCUCUGAGACCCCCAGCCCGAGAGAACGCAUCCGCAGCCACAUGAAGAUGGUGAUUGACCAGCUGGAAGGAAUUCUCAGAGAGCUCAAGGAUGUGGCCAAGGAACUUCGGGAGGUGGUGGGCCAAAUUGAUAAACUGACGUCAGACUUUGACUUUGAUCUGGAUCCAGAUGACUGGACGGUGGCAACGGCAAGCAGCACGUCCAGCAGCGAACGCGGCCUCGGGGAAGCCUUCCGCCUCGACUUCCUCAAUGCCGACGUGCUCUCCGACAGCUGGGAGUUUUGCGGAUACCUGGAUUCGGCCAGUGGGGCUUGUGCCCGCACAACAGGCGAGCCGAUGGGGUACUACCCCCGAGCGCCCACGGGCCGGGGAACCAUACCCACGCAGACGCCCACCCUUCCCCCCGCCGCCACCGCCUCAGUCUACUCGCAAAUGAAUGGCGGGCUGCCCAUCCCCAACGGGCCGCGUAUCAUCACUCCGGAUUCAUCUAGCGAGGAGGCCAGCAGCUCCACGCACAGCCACAAGACGAGGGAGAGGGUCAGAUUUAGUGACAAGAUCCUCUACCACGCCUUGUGCUGCGACGACGACGACGAAGAGGCGCAGGAGGACCUACCGGAUGACAAAAGCGGUCGCGCCACGCCCGACAGCGACAGCGAGCCGAGCCUCCUGGCUGAACCACUCACCCCCAAACGUUCUUCGUCCGAGCACUCGCUCCUCCACAACUGCCUCGACCCUUCUUACGUACCCCCGUCGGCGAGAAGCAUGACGGGAGCACAUACGUUACCCAGGAAAGGCCUCCUGAACCCCAGCUGCCGCAAAAAACUGCUCCGAAACAGCAGCACGCAAACUGUGUCGGAUAAGAGCACCCAAACUGUAUUGCCCUAUAUCCCAAACAAACAAAAAACAAAGGAGCACUGAGCCAGUCGGAACCUUCCUCCGUUUAUCAUACAGCUCACCACAAGAACUGUGCAUUAUUUAAUAUUAAAUACAUAGCUAAUAGAUUAAUACACAAAUAAAUCAAUAAAUAAUAAAGAAAUGCUAUAUGGGAAAAAAAAAUCACUGGGCUCCCUAAAUUCAUUCCACAGCUCUGGUUAGGAACAUUUAUUGACUCUUGGUUACCAAAGUGAAUUUUAAGGCCGACCUUCCGCCACAAUCCCUAAGCCCAAAAUGAUCAUUUUAUCUCUAACAGUAUCAUUGCAUCUUUGUUUUUCCACUACAGGUUGUUAUCAUGGUGACGGUAAGAACAAACUUUCACACUUGCCAUAGUGGUCUCUAGUCAGGUUCAAUUAUGUCGCACUAAUACGCAGCAGAAGCUCAAUGGUCUUGAACUUCACACUAUAGAAAACCAUUUGAACCACAGGUGAGCAAGCACUACUGUGAGACUCAGUGCGGGGAAGCCGUCUGCCUCGACUGGUCGGGUUAAUACGGAGAAGUAUUUGGAGAAUAGUAAGGUGGAGGUAAGUUAUUUUACCUACUCAGUUAGCAUUAGCCAGCUAGGUCAACCAUUGCAAGUUGUUUUGCAGGUAGACUGAGAGUUUGGCAGGGUCCAUUUAAUGUAACAAAUGUUCGCAAAAUGUUCAUCAGUCGUUCGCCGAAUAGUUUCGUGAUUUUUCGUGUCUCAAGGAAAUUUCGAACAUGUUUGUUGCAGCAGUCCCUUUUCUCGUUAGGUAAAGAUGGAAAAAAAUUGGUUUCCAUUGUUGUUCUCUCUGACAGAUGCAUUCAAUGCCGCAUGGUUUUCUACAGACGCAAAACUUAGACAAAAAUGAUCAUUCCAUCACUCCUCUCAGAAGCAAAUGUCAAGUUCUGAAACAAUCCGUAACAUUUCCUAUUUUCCCCCCCUCCUGGGUGCCCAGCAAUAGUGUCAUAAAAGACGUCAGCUUGAAUCUAAAAGGGGAAGAAAAAAAAGCAUUUUGUCUCUCCAUUGAGCGGCCCAGUGGAGAAUAGCAGUCGGUGGGAGAGUAUUAAUUCAGAGGGCUAAUGCCAAUAGCCAUUCUCGAUCGAUAUGUUCAAGGGAGGGUGCUGCCAGAGGGAACGGAGAACAAAAACCCAGUCAGAUCCAUUUACUUAAACUUAAAAGCUCUAUAGAGUUGACAUUUCCAAAAAAUAAGCAUCCAAGAGCGAGGGCUGAAAAGAAAAUGUUCCUGUUAAAAGAUUGUUUUUCUUUUUCUCAGACCACGGGCAAUAAUCCACCCUGCGGAUCGGCUUUGUACGCCCGCUACCACUCAGGCAACAUGCUAGCUUUCACCCAAUUUCCUGUUGAGUUUGAAAGAAAAGUCAAACAUGUUAUAGACUUGGAGUGAAAAGUUCGCUGACACCUACGACCUUUUUAUGUUUCGCGUUGCUCUCAAAGGAUGGCUGAUUCCUUGCAGGAAGACCUACCCUUAUGAUUCACACCAAAAAUUACCUUACAAUUUCUUAAAUGAUUUUAUUUGUUUUGUUUUAACCAAGGUAUUAAUGAUUUGUUUGAUUAAAAAGUAAUUCGAUCAGAAUUGACAAAUGUAAUAUUUAUCAAUAUAGAUAUUUUGCAAACAUAGCAUAGCUUUUAAAUGAUUCAAAACUAUUUUAGGGAAGAAUAAUUGAUUUAGUAUGUUGUGUUUGCCAUAAUAUGUGUGUGUGCAAAAAAGUUAUACAGAAAAUGUUGCAAAUAAUAUUUUUUGGAGCCCCAAGCAAGGGCUUGGGAAAUCUCAUGGGACAGUUUGAGAAGCCCAACAUUUUUACUGUAAAAUUGCUUUACACACCUCAGGUUCAUUUAGUGCCAAUGGUGUCUUCCAAAAAUAUGAUCACAUUUGUUCUGUGUAAAUCAAAUGUGUCUCUGCAUGUUUGUUGAAUAUAUAAAAUACAGUUUUGCUUCCCUUUAUGGGAUACACUCAAAAUAAUCUGUUCAUGUUCAACAUUUGACUUCGCCAUGUCAAAUAUUACUCAUAAUCAACCCUGGAAAUCGGAUUCUUCCAUUCCCGUUUUAGUUUUGAUUUUUUUUCCCAAUGCAAAUUUCAACUCCAUGAAACAUUGGACAUAGUAAUCUAGUAAUCAUAGUAAUCUAUU